AUUGUACGAUAUUCAAUAACUUAUUUGAAUUUUAAUCCGUUCCAUGUUUAUUAUGCAUAGUUGAUUAUCAUGUGAAUGUUACUUUAUCGACUAUUUGUUCGUUAGAUACUAAACAGUUUGUGUGUGUGUGUGUUAAUCGUACAUGUGUGCUCCGAAACAUUGUGUUUUUUCGGUGAAAUUAAGACGAAGAAUUAAUAUUUAUAAAUGAAUAAAUGAUUUAAACUAAUAACAAAGUGACAAUUAUUUUCCGGUGACAAGUGAAUUAUGCAAUAAUUUUAAUAAUAAACAAUAAUAAACAAUAUUUAGACACACACAUUUAGCUCUCACAAUGCAAGGGUAUAAAUCAUUGGUUACCAUAACUUUUAAGUAUAACAAUCCAAUUUAUUCAAGAUGUAUAAGUUCAUUGUCGAAAUCAGAAGCUAAGGCCAACCGAAAUGAAUUGUUUGAAAAAGAGAAAAGUAGACAACGUUCAUCAAUUGGAAGAGUCGAAAAAAUUAACGUUACUUAUCAAAAUUAUGAAGAUGAAAUAAUUAUGUUAAUGAACAAAAAUCUAUCAACACCUCACGACUGUGCGAAACACAUUUCUGAAGGUGUAGCAAAAUUCUCAGCACUUGCAAGUGUUGAUGAUACCACCUGGGAUCUUCAUAAACCUCUUACAUCUGAUUGUCGUCUUCAGUUAUACACAAUGAAAACACCGGCUAAUAGAGCAGUAAAUAACGCUUUUUGGAGAACUUGUUCCUUCAUGCUUGGUGCAGUCAUUGAUUCAGCUUUUAAAGAUAACGUUACUUGUCAUUUACAUAGUUUUCCAGUACCUAAUGUUAAAUCUGGUAGUUUUACUCAUGAUGCCUUUGUGGAGUUGGAAGAUUGGAAGCCUACAGCAGCAGAACUUAAAGUUCUUUCCGCAGAAUUUGCUAAAUUAAUUAAUGAUGAAUUACCGGUUGAACGUCUAGAAGUCGAUGAAAAUUUAGCUCUGGAGAUGUUUAAGGAUAACCCAUUUAAAACAAUCCAAAUUCCUCAAAUUGCUAAAAAUAAUGAAAAUAAAAUUACUCUGUAUAAAAUCAGAGAUCAUAUUGAUAUCAGCAGAGGUCCUAUGGUAGGAAACACAUUUCUCAUGGGUCGUUGCACGAUAUCAGCUGUUCAUAAAGUUCAAACUGAUGCUGGUGAAAAUCUUUAUAGAUUUCAAGGUAUAGCUCUACCUAAAGGAAUCAUGGUUAAUCAUUUUAUUUAUAGUAUGUUAGAGGAACGAUCUAAAAAACUCAACCAAAAUACAUGGAUGCCUCAACGAAUUGAAGCUGAUGUUGAGGAAAAAAUGGCAAUAGCUUCUAACUAAUCAAUUGUUGUUUUACUAUUUUAAUAAUAAAGAAUAAUUAAAUUAAGA